AUGGGGGUGUGGGGAUUGUGGUGUAUGCCGAGGAAAAGGCGGGCAGCCGAGGACCAGACUUGGCAUCCUCUCGGAAAGACCGCGGGAGAGGGCUGGGCGCUACCCGCCGGAUGGCACAGGGCUGGCCAGCGCACCUUGGUGUGCUGCGUGACAGGCUCCGUUUUCUUUCCUUCCCUGCAGAAACUCGCCUUUUACUCCAAAAUGCAGGAAGCCCCGGAGAGCGGCAGCAGCGCCAGCGUGGGCAGCUCCUUCUCCAGCCACGCCGCGGCCAGCAUCAAGGAGGAGGACUGCAGCCCCGAGAAGGAGCGACCCCCCGAGGCCGAGUACAUCAGCUCCCGCUGCGUCCUCUUCACCUACUUCCAGGGGGACAUCAGCGCCGUGGUGGAUGAGCACUUCAGCCGGGCGCUCAGCCAGCCCAGCAGCUUCUCCCUGGGCAGCGCGAAGGCGGCGCGGAACGCGGGCUCCUGGCGGGAUGGUUCCUUCCCAAUGAGCCAGCGCAUCUUCCCACCGUCCUUCUGGAACAGCACAUACCAGCCCUCCUCGGUCCCGGCCAGCCUGAGCAGCCCCCUGGCAGCUGCCGCCCACAGUGAGCUGCCCUUCGCCGCUGCCACCGACCCCUACGCGCCCACCUCUCUGCACGGCCACCUGCACCAGGGCGGCCCCGAGCCCUGGCACCACGCCCACCACCAUCACCAUCACCACCACCACCACCACCCCUACAUUGGGACACAAAGCACUGCCUACCCCCGCCCCACCGCCAUGCACGAGGUCUACGGGCCCCACUUUGACCCCCGCUACGGCUCGCUCCUGGUGCCCACCGCCUCCGUCCGCCCCCACCGCCUCACCCCCGCCUCCGUAUCCACUCCAGUCAGCCCCCCCUGUGAACUGGGCAAGAGCGAGGCGGGUGCUGCUGCAGCCUGGACGACACCGGGCCCCUUUCCCAAUGCAACGGGAGACAUGGCACAGAGCAUUGGCCUCAAUGUGGACACAGGUUUGCAACCUCAGGAUAAAAGCAAGGAUCUGUACUGGUUUUAGAGCUGUCCUUCACUCUUCUUCCCCUGGCUCUCCCCUGUAGCUCUCUACCCAUUAGACAUGGUGGCAUUCAGAGCUGAAAUCGGGUCAGUUUGUAACAGCUUCUGGUCUUGGUUUGCAGCUCGCCGUUACUCCUUCUGUGGUGGAUCCCUUCUGAGCUGAUGUGCUGACUCAAAGACUCUCAGAUCCCCCCUUGCCCUUUUCCAAGCCCACCACGGCCCUGCUGCUCAGGGAAAGACAACGGGAGUUAAAAGGACCUGGCUUUGCAAGGGUG